UAGUCCAAAGCAAAUAAAUACAUUAAUUUAGAGUAACCGAUUACAUACAAUUUCUCUGUUAUUAGCAGAAGAUUGCUUGUCUGCCUCUGUUAAUAAACUUAAUUUCGUGGUUGCUGUUAUUUAACAGCGUGUUGAAUUUUCUUCCCACGAUUUUCCAGAAAUUUUUAGAGAUCUUAAAAGUGGUGCCAUGAAUUUGCACCUUCUCCGCCUUAUGCAAUUUUCAUCGCAGUAUUAAAGAUGAAAUGGAAAUGUUCGGAAAGCUUUAUUCCAAUACAGUAAAUACCGCUCAGCAACACUACUUAGCGACGGAUUCCCAAUUUCGUUGGCUCUGUCAUCGGUAGAAAAAAUCCAGGCGUCGUGGAAAAAUUUUUCUUUGUAUGAAUAAGUUAAUUUAUGUUACUAUGAAAACUAUAUUUGUGUUUAAAAUAUUGUAAAAUUUGCCUUGGGGCAAUAGAAUUUAAGCAAAUGAAAAAUUAUUGUUAAAGUUUCGGAUAUUGAAUAAGGAAAUCGAUUAUAAUUCAUCUCUGCCUCUCGCAUAUUAAAUUUCUGACUGACGGUGUCUUAACCGCUGAUACUACCUUGAUGAAAACAGAUAAUUAGAUAAAGCAAUACAUAAAUAUCUAUUGGAAAAGUAGUCUGCAUUCAAUUAUCGCCUUGAACGGGAGAAAAACAAUAUCAAGUGUGUAAAAGAUUCUGUACAACGAAAUGGCACAUUCGUUGCACCACACAGAGCGAAGCAUUCAUGAAAUGCUCAAGGAUACACCACCAAUGAAUGAAAGCGGUAGUGCUAUACAUAGUGGAACCGAAGGCCGAGCUUUUAUGCCACCAAAUAGUCUACCACUUCAUAAUCAUUCUGUUUUUUCAGCACCUGCUACACCUUUGUCACAAACAAGCCCUCAGAAUGGUGUGGAUGCUGGCCUGCUGCGUACGGGAGCAUCGAAAAUUGACAGUAUAAAGAAUUGGAGCAUAUCAACCUACAAAUGUACCCGGCAAAUAAUGUUGGAAAAGCUGGGCAAAUCACAGCGUACGGUUGACUCAGAAUUAGAAGCGCAAAUUGAACAAUUGCGAGAAACACAACGGAAAUAUUUAUCAAUUUUGCGCUUGACGCGUGCUUUCAGUUCACAUUUUCAUCAUGUUGUAGUAACGCAGCAUGCUCUGGCGGAAGCCUUUGCAGAUUUGGCACAGAAAAGCCCUGAACUACAAGAAGAAUUCACUUGUAAUUCAGAGACACAACGAAAUCUUACGAAAAAUGGUGAGCUGCUGCUUAGUGCGCUGAAUUUUUUUAUUUCAUCUGUGAAUACAUUGUGUAAUAAAACCAUUGAUGACACGUUACUUACAAUCAAGCAAUAUGAGAUCGCCAGAGUGGAGUUCGACGCUUAUCGAAUGGAUUUGGAAAACACCAAACCCGAAUUGCCCCAAAGUCCUGUUACUGAAGAAGCACAAAAAAACUUUUCACAUCAUAAGGAACUUUAUGAAAAGUUACGAGCAGAUGUAGCUAUCAAAAUGCAAUUUCUUGAUGAAAAUAGGAUAAAAGUAAUGCAUAAACAACUGGUGUUGCUUCACAAUGCAAUAGCAGCGUAUUUUUCGGGCAAUGCAGUUGCACUUGAAAGCACAAUGAAACAAUUUAACAUAAAAUUGAAAGCGCCUAAUUCGGCAACUGGAUCCUGGUUAGAACAGUAGUAUUGCUAAGAGCCCGUCCAUACAAACUCCCAACAGUUACUGUCGCAGCAAAUAUGGAUAGAUACAUUUUGCUUUCCUUUAAAACUGCAAAGAGCAAAUGUAAUCAGUUUCCGUGGACCAAUUGAGGCAACAAUAACAUAUGAGAGAAAGUUUUUUUCGAAUAAGCGAUAGUUUGGUAACGUAUAUGUGACCAUACAUAUAUAUACAAAAAAUAUUUGAAUGAAUAUUGACAUCGUAUUUAUAAAUGUAUUUAUAGUAUAUGUAUUCUUCAUUGCUUUCAUGUGUUUCUCAAUAGAACGAAAAGUAAUUAAGAUUUGAAACGUGAAAGGAAAUGUAACCAGUGAAAUUGGAUUACAAUAAAAACUUAGUAAUAUAAGAACACAUACUUAUAAUAGUUCCUGAGUUUUUGUUUGUAUGUAUUGUAAUUUUUACUUAAUACUCUCGAUUUUUUGUUAUACAAACAUCAUAUGUAAGAGGUUAUUUAUGUGUUUUGAUUUUGACUUUCUGAAAACUAUCAACAAUUUAUAUAUUUCGAAUAACUAAAAUUCAAAACUUUUAUGCGUAUGUAUUUGUAUGCACACAAAUGUUAUAAACAUUGAAUUUUUUUUAUUUUUCUAAGAUAUACUGUUUAUCAAAUAUAUAUAUUUGUGUAGAUAAUUUUUGUCACUUUUACCAUAUAAAAGGACUAUGUAUAUUUUAUAUGCCACUAAAAACAAUAUCUAUUAAGAAAUUAUGAAAAAAAAACCCUAUUCCAUGAGCAUACAUUA